AUGCCGCUGUGGAAUGUGGAGAAGAAGUACAAGGCCGACGACCUCGAGCGGAUCUGCGCCAGCGUCGGCGGCGCGGUGCACCAUGAGCGGCCUUUACUAGAGGUAGGCGAUUUGCCCGAGCUCAUGGACUUCUGGACAGUUCGGGAGUACGUCUUCUUAGCUCGGCUGUUGCGCGCCGCGAAGGACUCGUCUGCUGUGGAAGUAGAGAGGUUGGACGAAGUGUUCGCGCUGUUGGACGAGCUUGAGCAGACGGAAGCAAUCGGAGUUGCUCGAGAGUGGUCUUCUGGAUCUAUGGCUGAGCAGGACAGUCGCAAGUUCCAAAGCAGCGUGCUCGGUCGAGCAUUUUCUGUUUUUAUUCGUGACAAUGGCUCAGAGCAACAGAAGCUCAUCGAGCAGGCCUGCACCAAGCCAGACGCUAAAAAGCUGGAGGAGCUGCUGACUGGCGACUGUAGGUCCGUCAAUUCAUUGAUGACGAGGACGGAUGGUGGCUUUUCGUCGCAUCCAAAGUGUGCUUGCUGGCCCUUGCGCAUGUACAUCUACGCGCGGCAGAGCGUGGAAGAAGACCACGACAUAGUGGCAAGCCUCCGGCAGACAUUGGAGAUUGUCGACGAGUUUGAACGGGAGAUGGUUGAGAGCAUCGCAGACACUGCAGAGAUGCUUACUCCCGCACAGCGAGCCAAUCUUUGCGUUCUGCUAGGCGUGCCAAACUUUCAAAUUUGUGAUCCGGCUUAG